AGCCAACGCAGUCCAAACAGCAUCUUCUGGUCACAUAAUCAUAGUGAAUCAUUCAAGAUGGCUGAUCGCGGACAUUUCAAAAGAGAGGAGGAGGAUGAGGAUGAAGCCGAGGAGGAGCUUGACGAGACCGACUUCAAGGCUCAGAAAGAUGCCAUUUUGCUCGCCAUUGACGUAAGCUCAUCAAUGCUGCAGCAUCCCCCCGCAACAAACUCCAAGAAGGCCGAUAGGGACAGCGCCGUCGAGGCAGCUUUGAAAUGCGCCUAUCAUCUCAUGCAGCAGCGCAUCAUCUCCAACCCCAAGGAUAUGAUGGGUAUUCUCUUCUUCGGCACGGAGAAGUCCAAGUUCCAAGAAGAAAGCGGUAGGGCCGGUCUGAGCUACCCACACUGCUACUUGUUCACAGACCUCGAUGUCCCCGCUGCUGAGGAUGUCAAGGCACUGAAGACCCUGGUUGGUGCUGAUGGAGAAGAGGCCGAAGACGAGGAUGAGGUAUUAGUGCCGGCGGAGGAAGAAGUGCAAAUGGCCAACGUCUUUUUCUGCGCAAACCAAAUCUUCACCACUAAGGCGGCGAACUUUGGCAGCAGACGACUGUUCAUCAUUACAGAUAACGACAAUCCUCACGGCAAGAACAAGGAUGCCAAGUCGGCCGCGGCUGUUCGUGCAAAAGACUUGUACGAUCUUGGUGUCGUGAUAGAGCUUUUCCCUAUUACCAGAGACGAGAAGAAGUUUGACCUUGGCAAGUUUUACGAUGACAUCAUCUAUCGAGACCUAGUUGCAGAGGCCAAUCUCUCCGAGACCAGAAAUUCAAAGUCCGGCGAUGGCCUCAGUCUUCUCAACUCAUUAAUAUCAAACAUCAACUCCAAAGAAACCCCCAAGCGCUCCCUAUUCUCCAACCUCCCCUUCGAGAUCGCCCCUGGACUUAGAAUAUCGGUCAAGGGAUACAACAUUCUCCACCGUCAGACCCCAGCAAGAACAUCAUACAUCUGGCUGGACGGUGAGAAACCUCAGCUCGCCAACGGCGAAACGACACGAAUCGCCGAGGAUAGUGCCCGGACGGUUGAAAAGGUCGAGUUCAAGAAGGCUUACAAAUUUGGUGGCGAAUACGUGCACUUUGCACCAGAGGAGCAGAAGUCUCUCAAGGACUUUGGCGCCCCUGUCAUCCGCAUCAUCGGCUUCAAGCCGCGGUCUAUGCUCCCCUUCUGGGCGAGUAUCAAGAAGUCAACAUUUAUCUUCCCGUCAGAGGAGGACUACGUUGGCUCCACCCGUGUCUUUAGCGCUCUAUGGCAAAAGCUGCUCAAAGGCCAAAAGAUUGGCAUCGCAUGGGCUGUUACCCGCGUCAAUGCCAGCCCAAUCCUCGUUGCCGUCAUUCCUUCCCAUGAGAAGUCUGAAGACGACUCAGGAACACCCUACUUACCUGCCGGUCUAUGGCUCUACCCGCUCCCCUUCGCUGACGACCUGCGCGAAGGCCCCGAGCCCCCAAGCAACCUCGUCGUCAGUUCCAACGAGCUCAUCGACAAGAUGCGCAUCAUCGUCCAGCAGCUCCAGCUGCCGAAGGCCAUGUACAACCCCAAGAAAUACCCCAACCCAUCGCUGCAAUGGCACUACAAGAUCCUCCAGGUCUUGGCCCUUGAGGAGGAGUACCCUGAAAAAGCAGAAGAUCUCACAGAACCAAAAUACAAGGCCAUCAGCAAGCGGGCUGGCGGUUACCUCGACGAUUGGGCCGAGACCCUUCAGGACGAGACCAAGAUUGCGUUGGCAAAGGCGGCCAUCAAGCGUGAGGCGGCCGACGAUGAAGACGAGAGGCCAGCCAAGAGAGCAAAGGCUGCACCGAAGGCUGCAAAGGUUUCCGGAUCUGGUAUGACAACGGCACAGCUCAAGGAGUCUGUGGCCAGCGGUGCGGUGAGCAAGAUGCUAGUAGCCGAUUUGAAAGAGAUUCUUGCGGCAAGGGGACAGAGCACAGCAGGCAAGAAGAGUGAGCUGGUUGAGAGAGUUGAGGAGUGGGUUGAAGAGAAUGCUUGAUGCUAUUAGGGCGUGACGACUUUGCGAUGAAACUGUAUUAUACCACUUGAUGCCGAGUUCCUAGCAGGCUUAUUGAAGGGGAGUUUCACCUUAAGUGCACAACACGCAAGUGUGUUCUGUUUAUUUCGGCACCAGGAAAGUCAUUGGCUGUCGUGCCCUACAUCGCCAUGUCCUACCACGCCUAUUGGAUCAUAUCAGCCUACCGAUUCCAACGAGC